ACCUAUGACCUCUCAACUCCGAACCAGACACGGACGAAGAUGGCGGAGUUUGAUUUUGGGGACAGUGAGCUGUUUCAGCAACUGGACGAAGGCAGAACCACGAGCACCCAUAUUCGGUUUGAACAAGAAGAAGAGGAUCCAGAGGAAGUCAAUGAGCUCCGAGAGAAGUUAGAAGAAUGCGAAGAAACGAUCAAUCGACUGCAGUUAGAGAAUCAAGACUUGAAGAGAAAGUUGAAUAUUUUGGCAAGGCCAAGUGGUUUAAAUCUGGAAGACAGUAAAUUGGAUGGACCACUGCUUCAAAUACUUUUUGCAAACAAUGACAUCUCAAAGCAGUGCCGGCAGGAGAUUGAGGACUGCAUCUAUGGCCUUGUUCAGAAGCACAUGCUGCAGCAGAAACAGGAAACGGAGAAAUCUUCCUUCCAUCUCAAACCCCAGCCUUCAAGUUUUGUUUUGGAGGAAGACCAUAAAGUGAAGAUUUCAGACCCGAUCAAAAAGAUCAGAGAUGCCUUCAGUAUGGUUGGGAGUGUGCUGUAUUUCACCAGCUUCUGCCUGGACAGGCUGGGACAGCCCCUGCUGAACGAAAACCCUCAGCUGACUGAUGGAUGGGAGGUUCCCAAAUACCAGCAGGUCUUUUGCCAGGUUGUUGCAGCAGAGGGACAGGACCUGCAAAUGAAGGAUAAUAAAAGACCAAAGCCGUGCUGCUUCAACUGUGGUGCUGAGGACCAUCAGCUGAGAGACUGCCCCAAGCCCAAAGACAUGGCCCGUAUCAACGAGAAGAGGAAGGAGUUUUCUGGUGGCAACAAUCAAAGCAACCAGCGGUACCAUGCAGAAGAGGUGGAGGAGCGGUUUGGGAAGUAUAAACCAGGAAUAGUAAGUGAGGAGCUGCUGGGGGCGCUGGGGGUGACGGAGCACACCCUCCCCCCCUUCAUCUACCGCAUGCGGCAGCUAGGCUACCCGCCCGGCUGGCUGAAGGAGGCGGAGCUUGAGAGCUCGGGCCUGGCGCUGUACGACGGAAAGGUGUCAAGUGAUGGAGAAAUCGCUGAGGACGACAAUUACCAGAGUCAUAAAAUCUCGUACGACGUCUCCAAGCUUGUGAACUUCCCAGGAUUUAACGUUUCCACACCUGCUGAUAUCACUGACGAUUGGAGAUUGUACGGGUCUGUCCCAAUGCAAGCGGAACACAUGAAGAAGAACUUUGCAGCUUACCUCUCCACCAAUUACCCGAUGCCGGGUUCCAACUGCAACAAACGGGCACACGAGUCGGACUCCACCCCCCGGCAGACGAAGAAAAGGCGGUCCGAUGUUAACAGCUCCAGGUGCUCGGACAUGGAGGUUGAUUCAGGCUCAGAAACUCCGCGGAGUUCCCGCAGCUCGGACAGCUUCCAGUUCCAGCCCCCCCUCCCCCCCGGUUCCCCCUCCUUCGGGUCACCUCCCCCCCUGCCCCGGGGCACGCCUCCAGCCACACCCACCCCGCCCCCUCUGCCCAAGGACACGCCCCCUUCCACACCGGCCAACGGCUCGCCCGCGCUGCGUGGGCGGGGCUGUGAGGAGGUGGGGGAGGAGGACGCGCUGACCCUGGAGGAGCUGGAGGAGCAGCAGCGGCUGAUCUGGGAGGCGCUGGAGAACGCCGACACGGCGACCAAUAGCGACUCGGAGACGCCGGCCGUCGGCACGCCCAUCAUCAGCUCCUCGGGAGCCUCCAGCCCCGCCCACAUCGACACCGAGACCGAGGUGGAGGAGGAGGAGGAGGCGGCCAAGGGGGACGAGGAGGCGAUGAAGCAGGAGGAGGAGGCGACCAAGGGGGACGAGGAAGCGAUGGAGGAGGAGGAGGCGAUGAAGAUGGAGGAGGAGGCGAAGGUGGGGGUGGAGGAGGAAGAGGAGGAAGAAGGGGUGGAGAAAUCUGAGAGGUCUGAAGAGACUUCCUCCAGAAACGGUGAAGGGCGGUGUGUGUUGGCUGGAGAAGGCCGAGCUGAGGAUGAGGAGGACGAGGUCAAGGUCGUGGGAGAGGUCACAGGCGAACCGGAGCCCCCGCAGGCAUCGGAAAAUGCAAGCGCCCCCGGGCCCGUCUGCCGGGACUCUAAGACCGAGACCCCCCCUGGAGAGGCCGGGAAGGUGGCCUCUGUCCCCCACAGGAGCAGGUUCGCCGCGGGCAUCAUCCCCUUCGAAGACACGCCCGAGUACAAGGAUGUGGCUGAGGCCACCGGAGUCUACCUCAGGAUCCGAGAUCUGCUCAAGUUCUCACCGCGGAAUCAGGCCAAGAACAAGAAGUGAACCCAGGGGCACGACCGGGCAGGACACCUUGAGAGCUGUCGCUGCAGGAAAACAAAAACAAACAAAAAAACCUGUUUCUUUUAAACAAGCUUGUUGCUUCAAAACACUUUUUAAUUGGUCUCUCAGAAAAUGGGAGAACACCCAGAAAUCCAGACCUUUGUAAAAAAAAUUCCUUUUUAAUUUCCUUCUCUUUUGGGGGGGUGGGGGGUGGCUACAAGAAUUUUUUUUCUGUGUACAGGUUAGCUGUUUUGUGGUUGGUUUGUAAGAAAUGUCGAAGGUCUUAAAAACUGAGGCUUUCUUUCAGAACCUGACUGCUCCGAGAUGUGGUUGGUGCCUGUUUUGUUUUUAUUACACAGAAAACGAUUGCAGUUUUGUAGAGUAUUAUUGGUGUUUUAGAUGUUUAGAUUUUAUAAGGUUUUUUUCCUUGUCUUUUUUUCAUGAUAAAUUUCUAUUCCCAGGGAUUUUUAUGACGUGGUCCAUCCGGUCUCUGUGACUUUCAGACGGCACUUUGAGGAUGUAUUUUAAAUAUGCGCAUUCAUCCCACUCUUUUUUUUUUUAUUGAAUGCAAAGUGAAAUUAAUACAAACAGGAUUUCUACUUUUUUUUUUUUUUUUACUUUAACAUUCAGUGUACUUCUGGUAUGGCUCCACUCCGUCAUUCGUAACCUGUACAACAUAUGAAAUCAACUACAUUACAAUAACUUACUGUGCUCAUAAUACUACUGCGUGGGCAUUUUUAAUGAAGUGUCACGUUAAAGCUGACAUUACUUCACGUAGACACUAGGGGGCAGAAAAAGGGCUUUCGUGCAGUAAAUGAAUGCAACAAGCAAUUCAUCAUAAUUACUUUUUAAACAACCUGGCUGUUUCUCAUCUGUUGAGGUGCAAUACAGACAUACUUCCUUUUCCUCGCCAAUGAAUUCAAGAAGGGAUGUUUUAACUUUGCAGUUUUAACAUAUCUGCUUUUGUCAUUGAGAAUCCCGACAAUUAAAAUGGCAAAUUGUAGGAUGGAGUGGCUAAA